CUUGUUUUAUUCAAAUUUCCCGUUCGAAGGGCGGACCCGGCCCUAAUUACACUAAAUUUGAGGUUUUAGUGUCUUGUUGGAGAUGGUUUUUAUACAAUUGGUUAUGUAAAGCGUCAUAUAACAAAAAACACUCUUCUUUUUUUAUUCAUUAUUUGUUUCUCCCAUUAUAGUAUCAUACCAUGGAAUGCUGAAACAAUCAAGAGGGAACAAACAAUCAAAAUAAUGAGAUAAGUUCAUACUAAAUUUUAGAUGAUAAGUAAGAAGAAGAUUUCGUAAUGUAAUGGAGCUGCCAAUUUGCAUGUUGGUAGAAGACAUUAGAAAUUUAGUUACAAACGUUUGUUAUAUUUUGCAACGUUUUACAUUACAGAUGUCUAAAAAUCUUACUAAAAUAUAUGUAUAGAUCUCAGAAUUACUGCUCUCUAUGUUUAUUUUCCAAAAGUUACCUUCCAAAAUUUUAGAAUUUUUUUUUUAAAAAGCCACAAAAUUCUAUGUUAAUGAGAAGUUCCUAAUUUUUUGGAAAGAUGUACUAAAUCAUUUGUAAUACAAUCUUGGCUGAGUCCAUAUAUUGACUAUAGACCAAUAUUGAGCAAGCAAAAAAAUAAGAGGAGAAAGCAAGAAAGCAAGAAAACAAGAGGAGAAAACAAAACAUUUUAAAAUGGUCAAAAACGGUUGAAAUUGAAUCAUGAAGGAUGAUGGUCCGAACCAGUCUUUACCAUCAUUAAUGUGAAUCUCUAUAGAUGUCGUUGAUGGCCUUUUACUAGCUCCCUCAUUCCGAAUGACGAAAUUAUCCUUCAUGACCACCUCAUCCAUACUACACAACCUUUGGGAGUUGGGACUAGUUCCCUUGUAACGAGUAGUCUUCUUCCGUUUAGAGGAUGGGUACGAUGAAAAGCCGAAAAUGCUCGAAGAGGGAUCUUUGGAAAUUACUAAAAUACCUAUAGAGAUCAAUUUCGAAAAGAGAGCAAGCAAAGCAAGAAACCUCUUUUUAACUUCUUUCUCUUUAAUAAAUCAUCAUCAUUCACAUGACGCAAUAUGCACACACAUCUCUCUCUCUCUUCUUGCGGCCGCCAUCUAUGGAUAAACACAACACAAUGCAUGAUUGUUGUGUCAGGAGGGAGAUAAAUAACCUUCUCUCUAGCUUUUGGAGAUCUAUAUAACAGACAGUGCCUCACUUUGUUCUCUUUGUCCCUCUACCUUCCACACACACACGUACUACCAUCUCUCUCUCUCUCUUCUGCCUCGCAAACACUCCUUCCCAAAAGAAAAAAAGAAAUAAAGCAAUGGAGAGGCUGAACUCGAAGCUGUAUGUGGAGAACUGUUACAUAAUGAAAGAAAACGAGAGGCUAAGGAAGAAAGCUGAGCUUCUGAAUCAAGAGAAUCAACAACUUUUGUUUCAGCUCAAACAGAGACUCUCCGAAACUAAGAACCCUAAUGGUUCAAACAAUGACAACGAUAUCUGUUCAUCAAGCUCUGCUUCUGGAAAAUCCUGAAUUAAAAGAUCUGACAUUGGUAGAAGAAAAAACUCAAC